AUGGGACUCCCGAGGUAUAAUGGGACCUCAGGUCCCAACAAACACAUCACUGCCUAUAUGUGCGCGGUGAAAGGCAAUGACACACAAGACGAUGAGAUCGAGUCCGUCUUAUUGAAGAGGUUCAGAGAAAUGCUCUCGAAGGGGGUCACGAUGCGGCAUCAUAGCCUAGCUCCCGACCCCAUAAACUCACUUACCAUAUUGAUUAAUUCCUUAAUGAAGGCACACACUGGUGCCAUCGAAGCAACGAUAAGAAAGCCCGACGCAUCCGAGAUUGAGCAAAGGGAGAAUGAAAUGCUACUAGAAUUCGCAUACCAUUCCCAGAUGGAACGAAUGGAACUACCCCCAGUCUUAGAUGACUGGGCGAUGCAGGCCUUCACUCAAAGCCUAAACGAGCAAAUCCCAGUGAUUUCAACGCAGUUGAAACAGAACUUGAUCGGGUAUCCAGCCAAGACCUGGUCGGACGCCCUCAUUCGGCACCAGUCACAAAUUAGGGUCGUGGAUGACCAGAUGGGAUCCCCUUCGGGCUCAGUAUACCCAAGCAGGCUAUUGGCAAAGAAACCAAUGCCAAACAAGGAGAGAUACCGGUCGUACGCUACAUAUAGGAGGAAUGCCCCAAGACGCAACCUACCUCGCUACAAUCGGAGAAUGGAUCGAGGACAAUAUCCUCGAGGAAUCGUCAACAGAGCUAGAUUCGACGGGGACAAAAGGCCAGCGAGGGAUCCUCAUCCACCGGGAUACAAUUUCAACAUUGUUGUAUUAGGCAUCGUAUUCACCGUCAGCAAAAUCGGGGAUGCCAAAGGGCCCAGGCCUAUUCAGUCGAAUACCUCUCAAAGGAAUCAUAGCUUGGUGUGUCAACUAUAUAAUACGCACGGCCACGGGGCCGAAGAUGGCCACCAGCUUAGAAGGAAAAAAUCUAAGCUACUCAAUAAAAAUCAUCGCCGAGAACUAUAG